GUUCAGGUCCAGGCAGGCUCCAUGGGGAGGGGGAAAAACCCGAGAGAGGAGACGAAUAACGGUACACUCCAGUAUUUAUGGAGCCGAUCCCCGCAUUUAACCGCACCACAUCGGCGUCGCCUCCUGUGAUGCAUUCAUGAAUAAAUGUGUUUACAAACGGACGCGGUGAACGGCGUGUUGGGGCUGACGAAAACAAGCGGUCCACCAUUGUCUGCGUAGAAAAAAGAAUGGCCUGGAUGUGUAAGAGGAAGUCGUUGAUUGCCACCGGUCUAAUCAUGGCGGUGUCGCUCUUUGUUGUUGUGGUAUACUACUCGGAGAAGCCCUACUUCCUCCUGCAGCCAGUAUUGGGUCAGACGAUGAACAGCCACCAGAUGUUCUCCAAGCAACCCUAUGAGGCCUUCAAGCCUCACCCAGGCUAUGUUAGCAUUCCCAAACAGGAGCAUCUGAAGCUGCACUGUGAGCUCUGCAGCAUCGUGUCCAGCUCUGGCCAGAUGUUGGGCCAGGGUGCCGGCCCGCAAAUUGACCGCUCUCAAUGCAUCUGGCGGAUGAACAACGCUCCCACAAGGGGCUUCGAACAUGACGUGGGCCAGCGGACCACGCUGAGAGUUGUCUCGCACACCAGCGUCCCCCUACUGCUGCAGAAGCCCCAGUACUUCUUCGGCCAGAGUAAUGACACCGUGUACGUUGUGUGGGGGCCGCUACGAAACAUGAGGAAGGAUGGGAAGGGCAUUGUGUACAACAUGCUGCGACAGGCAGCUGAGAACUACCCUCAUGCACGCAUCUAUGUCACCACAGAGGACAGGAUGAAAUACUGCGACAUGGUCUUCAAGAAUGAGACAGGCAAAGACAGGAUCCAGUCCGGCUCCUACCUCAGCACUGGCUGGUUCACGCUCAUCCUCGCCAUGGACAUGUGCAAAGAGAUCCAUAUCUACGGGAUGAUAAAUGACACCUAUUGCAAGACGGAGGGUUACAGAAAGGUUCCCUAUCACUACUACGAGGCGGGCAGCCGGGGCGAGUGUGCAGAGUAUCUGCUCCAUGAGAGCGCCCCCUACGGUGGGCACCGCUUCAUCACCGAAAAGUCUGUGUUUACCAAGUGGGCCAAAACUCAUGCCAUCAAGUUCUUCAACCCACUUUGGCAGCUGUCGUGACCCUGGCUAAACCGACACGGAAAUACAACACCAUCAUCGUCGUCAUCGUCAUCAUCUGGGGACCAGCUAGGCCUCUACACUGACUGAAAGUGUGUUCCCUGAUGUGCACAAACAUCAUUUCUGGCACAAAUUCCACUUCAUAACCAUUUUAAAAAAGUGGGUUGAUGGCUGCUUGUCAAGUCCUGGAUGGCUAAUAUCCAUGAAGUGCUGGUUGUUUUAUUGAAAGCCACUCAAUCAGACAGACUGCCGGUCAACCUGGACAAUAAAAACAUAUCUCUUGCUUGUUCAGUCUUUUUCCUCUGAAUUUGAGAGUUGAAGAAAGUGCACAGCACGCCGCUCUUUAUUGGCCAAUUGAUCUAUUCGCUGCUCUGUGAGUUUAGCAAAGGAUGGCUCGUAGACUAAUUUAAAAAACAAAAAGAAGAGAAAACGACAGGAAGAAUUGACAACCAUCUGUUCACUUCCUGUGACCUCAGCAGCUCACAUGUCUCAGGCCUGCUCAAUUAAAGUGUUUUUCAUGACUGAAGAGCUCAGCUGCUGUUGAGACGGGCCACGUUGCCAUGGAUGCUUGAAAAGCUCGCUACUGUUUCCUCUGAGCAUCUCUCUUCUUCUGUCACGCUGUGAUUAAUCUAUAAUCUAUAGUAUCAUUCAGGCCUUGCUAAAAAAAGCUUCAACAAACCAGGUCAUUUAAAAAAAGAAAGCAAAACAAAAAGCGCAUUUCAGUCAAACUUGAAGGUGAACCAGAGUUGUACAUGUAAAUCAGCUUUUUUAUACCGUUAUGCUUGGUGAUUAAGUUGUGUAAACUCAGUCAGCUCAAAGAUGUCAGUUUUUUAUUUUAUAAUGCUGUGAAAUCUUUUGGCUUGAUAUUGGGAUAGGUUGCUAAGUUAUUCUGCAGAGAUAAGUUGCUAACACUCUAACAGUGUGCUAUUGACAAUGUGGGCAUCACAGCACAUAGAGCAAUGUGCAAUAAGAAACUCCAUAGUUACGGAAGGAGUUAAAUCAACUGUGGCCCCGCAGAGGGAGAGAUUUGUGUGUGCAGUGAAACCAUUUGAAGUUAAUUGUAUUCUAUUAUCAUUUUGUGCCUGAAAUAUACUCUGCGGUUCAUUGUAUAGAAACAGAGGAAGAGGCUCGCUUGCUCUCUCAUAUUCUCAUCCAGAUUUGUGCCUCGUUGUGUACAGUAUCACUGUGUGAACACAUCUUCCCACACAUCUUUGUCUUUGAACGCAACGUGCGUGCGUGCGUGCGUGUCUCCUGGUUCGGGUCAUUACAUUUAAAUACAUCGGAUUCAGGAUAGUGAAGAAGAAUAAUCAGUGGCGUGUUGAGGUGUGUACGUUGGCUGGUAGCUGUGGAGGGCUGGGACACCGGCUGUGACCCCCCCUCCCCUGAGGGUGUGAUUUGUGUCCCGGUCAGAGCCGUGGCCCAGAGGGGAGAAUUGGAAGGAUUCAAAACCUUCCUAUUUAGGCGACUUGAUGCACAGAGUCCCUGACGACUGUAAUGUACUGUAGCAGAGCUUCACAAUCUCACUUCUACUGCACUGUUUACUAGCACAUAUAGGUUUAAACCUCCUGUUUUUUUGGAUAUCUUGGCAGAGACAUAGCUACCGUUGAGGUAAUGCUGUUGAAAAAAAUCCAUCUAUAAAGGACCUUAGGAACAUUUUUAAGAAAUCUGCAGGAACUGGGAUCUAAAUUAAAUUCCUUGGCCCCAAAAAAUUCACAUUGUGGGGAGAAUCUGAUCCGUCUCUGAGUAAGGCAGCUCAACACUUAGAAGGACCUACAACUCUAAACUCAUUGCAAGUCCGCCUAGCUGACAAGGGCAUCAGCAAAAUGUAAAAACUCCCUAUUUUAAAUUUCACCUGGUGUAGCUCGGCAUGUAAGAGAUGACCGUAACACACUCUGGGUCAGGGGUCAGAUUUCCUGUGGGACAACACAUGCUGGAGAGGUAUGCAGUAUCCCGCCACUGCGAGCAUCUGCAUAUCAAAGUAUAUCCACCACACAAUGUAAGUAAAGCAGAAUCGCUUACGGUAUUUUUCUCUUGUCAAGGAAGCCUGAAGGUAAGAUCUUGGCCUCUGAGAAUCUUGAUACUGAAUUCAUAAAGUAUGCCGCGCAUGUUACAUGAUUAAUGUACGUCUAUUAUUACAUAUCCACUCAGCCUGUGAUUGUGCAGUCACCUGGCAGCUCUCCACCAAUCAGUUUGACCUCUUCUGUACAGUAUAUCCACUGUUAAUUGUAAAGCGCUUCACACCAAGAUUUUAAGUUGUUUAGUUGUCCAAUCUUUUUGAGGUGUGUUAUGGUGCAUUGUGUAAUUUGUUUUGUUUACUCAACAGUUUCUUUCUGUUAAUUUUCCAUCAUUCUUUUAAUGAGUUUUUUAUAAUAGAUUUUAUUUUUUGUUGAUGCAGUGGUAUGUGUACUGCAUUGUUUUUCUGCUGCAGAUUGCGUGUUGCCAACAUUUUCUGCUGCUUCAGGCUUUGCUCUUGGUUAUUUUUCUCAUCAACAAAUGCUUUAUUGUUCUCAGCCACAACACACUGGAAGAAUACCCAGAGACAUUAUGUAAAAUAUGCCCUUAUAUAGGCUCCCAUGAAUCAUCUGUGGCUUGCAGAAAGAGGAUGGGUGACUGUGAAUUAGGAACACUAUAAUUGAAAAUGUGAGCAUAGUGGGAAGAAAAAUGUACUUUAAAUUUUUGGGGAUACUUUUUUUUAAACAAAGUUCAGAAAGACAAACUUUUUGAAAGGGAAAAAAACCCACUUAAUCGCUGUCGGGUAUUUGAAUGACAACUUUGAUUAUACCACUCCUAGGUGCAGUACAGCCAGCUUAGCAAAAAGACUGGAUACAGGGGCAAACAGCUAGCCUGAUAAUGUCCAAAGUUAACAAAAUCCACCUACCAGCACCUCUAAAGCUCAUUAUUUAACAAGUAUCUCUAAUAAAUAUAAAACCAAAGUCUGAAAAGAAAAAAGCUGUUGCCAAGCAACCAGCUGACACUUCAGACAGAGCUAGCCUCUGCUUCAUGAAGCACUUCUUACAUUGGUCUUUCUGGAAAAAAAUGAAGUGUGUUUCUGGAGUUUACGUUGCUUAUUCUUAAACCAAUCUGCACCCACCACAUCAGGUAAUACAGUAUAUGAAGUUAAGGCCUUUGUGAUUCUAAAUGUCCCAUGGCAUGAAAAUUUCACCAUUUUGUUUCACGUUUAACAUUGAGUUCCCCCAGCCUGCCUGUGGUCCUCCAGUGGCUAGAAAUGCUAUAGGUAUAAACUGAGCCCUGGGUAUCCUGCUCUGCCUUUGAGAAAAUAAAAGCUCAGAUGGGCCAAUCUGGAAUAUUCCCCUUAUGAUGUCACAAGGGGGAAGAUUCUCAUUGGAGAGAGAGAGAGAGAGAGGGAGAGAGAGAGAGAGAGAACACAAGCCACCCCCACCCCUUGGCUCCUUCUCCUCCUCACUAGCAUUUAAACUACAGACACAGCAGUAUGUCAUAGGACCGAUUACUUUGCGAGAACAGAGAAAACUACAACUCCCAUGAUUUUUAUGGGAGAAGUAGUAUUCAUUGUGGGUACUUGGUACUGGUAAAACUUGGUUCUGUCUAUAUCCAUAAAACUCACCAAUGCUUUCUUCUCAAGUUAUUACCACAACUCUUUAGUUACGAUUUUUGCUAUCUUAAAAAAAGUGUUCAGUCCACUAACAAAACAGAAAACUACAGAAAUUAUCCAAACUGUUGCAGCCUCUGUUCCAAGGCUUCUGUACUGAUUAAACAAGCAUAAUCAAAAUCAAACUUGAAAAGUUGGUGCGCUUUAUUUUGACACUCUUUGUGCAAAAGUGAGAUAACUAGCUACAACUUAAUUUCUAUUCUCAUCUAACUCUAAUGCCAAAAAGCAAAUUAAUUUACCAAAUUAUUGACCUAUUCCUUAAAUAACAUUUGUUAGCCCUGAAUCCUUGUUAAUUUCUGAAUUUCAUUCAUCCUCUUGAACGUGAAGCAGACUCUCCUUGGUACCUUUCUGUAUAUAUGCAAAUGGGAAAAACAACAGUGCUUGUACUCAGCUGCUCGGAAGUGGAAUAAGCAAUGAUUGUUCGCUUGUUGUAGAAUGCAAAGUUGAAAAGCAAAUUAAAGCAGAGCUGGCUUUGGAAAACCUGAUUGGCACGUCAUGGUCUGGAGGUCUGCGGAUCAAAGAUAUGGAUUUCAUUAUUCCUCAACGUUUAAAAAGCUCUCAUUAUUUUUGCCUGCUUUUCUUUCUGUGAUCUGUCGAAAUAAAUACUGUCCGUUUUGGAGUUGAGAUUUGAGAUUUUAAAGAUUGUCUGACCUCGCUAGUUUGAAGCUUUUUUCCCUCCUGACUUGUUGCCAUUUUCUGAAAUGCCUCAAGUGCUUUGUUAUAAUGAAACUUUUGUUUCUUGUGUGCAUGUCAAACAAUUUAUUUUUGUGUUGUGAAGCACUUUCCUUUUUUUCAUUUUCAGGUCAAGUGUCCUUGUGAAAUGUGUAACUUUGGGUGUGUUUUGAGUUACAUAGAAUGUAAUAUAACACAGGUUGUUAUGAUGAAAGUUUUGUGCUAACACAACUAACACACUGCUUUUUUUAUUGGUGGUAAAAUAACAUUCAAAUGCUGCAUGUAUUGCAGGUUAUUGAAAUGUAGUUUUUGUCAAAAGAUAAGUGGUGAUUAAACGUAUUAUUUUUGUCAUUUGCUGUCUACAUAUUUACUAAAAUUAGAUAUAUUGUGAAUGUUCCUUUUUUACCAGCGUGUCCUCUGUGUCUUUUAUUUUCUGUGGGGAUUAAAGAAAAUCCAAAAAUAAAAGAUUAUAGCCAUUUCUAAACAAAACAAGCAGCAUCAGAAAGUGAGAAACUUGGUAAGAUGUGUUCAUGUUCUAUGAAUGGAGCUCAAGCUGAGCUGCCAUCUCAAAUCUGGCGUCUCAUGAGAUUUUUUUAAAACAUCAGGGAAGGAGCCGAGUUCAGUCAGGUGGAGUUUCGGUGAGCAUGAGUUUUUUUUUAAGGAACAACUGCAUAAAUAAAGAACACCAGUUUUAAAUAA